AUGGCCUUGCUCUUACCAUUGAGUGCCCCUUCAGACGAGGUCGACAUCUCAAUGAUUUCGGUCACAUAUGGCAACGUCCCAAGAACACACUGCGCGCGAAAUGUCUUGACUUUAUUCAAUGUCCUGGAGAAGGAGCUCGCAUGGAGAAGACAGGCGGGCAAACCGGAGGGUUACCAUGUUUUGCAAACCAGUUUGCCUAUUGUUGCUCUUGGUGCUGAGCAUCCGUUGGAGGGUGAAGAUCUGGCUGCUGACUACUUUUGCGGUGAGGAUGGCCUCCAGAAUGUCUACAAGGCAUAUCCGCAUUUCAGCCCUGCCAAGGAUUGGCCGAAACUCUUCGAAGACGCUGGGGACGUGGCCGUUGAGACCGUGGACGCGACGGCCGGUUUUACUCCAUCAAAGCAUCCCGCACACCAUGAAAUGCUCCGUUUCUUGAGAGAGAACCCGGAAAAUUCCAUCAUCAUCGUUGCUAUGGGUCCAUUCACGGGUUUACGCCCUUACCUCGCCCAGCACGGGUUCAACCAUGUCAUCUCUACACAUCCGAUCAUCAAACCUUCCCAAGUAUCCUCUCAUCCUUCCGCGCAGUCCUAUUUUGAGCAGCAGAUCAAGCCUCAUGUUGAGGCUGGUAGCCACCUAGCAUUGUGGACCUCCUUUUUCAUCAUGGCCACGUUUGAUCAGAUCACGUCGCUGCAGGUAACCGAAAAGGAGCCCGAAUUGUCCUUGCACGAUCCACUCACCAUCUGGUACGCCAUGACUCGAGACCAAGGUGUGUGGGAGAGUACGGCAAAGCCCGAGGAUCUGCGUGUUGAAACAACAGGUGAAUGGACCAGGGGCAUGCAUGUUGUGGAUAAGCGAAACAGAAAGAUUGCUGAUGAUGGCUCUACACCGACAGGAGUCAGCUCGGAGGCAGCGGAUAACAUUCUCGGGGAUGAUAUGGGAUGGCUAAACCCAAACAAAGGCAAUAGGAUCAAUCGCCUGGUCAAGUCCCCUGGAGUCGAUGUAUUCAGGGAACACUGGAUUCAGAGGGUAUUCGGAUAG